AUGAAAUUCAUCUUAAAUGUAGCUGAAAAGCCAAGCGUUGCCAAAGCAAUUAUGAAGUAUUUAAGCAAUGGACGAGCGGAAAAUGUGGGUGGAAGAUCUUAACUUAAUUAUCUGGUGUUUAAGGUGUCUAGUGCCGCAGCCCAAAAGGGCCCAUGGCAAAACUAAUGACAUAGGUGAACCAUCUUGGAACAGGUCAGCCCUGGCCAAGCCAUUCUAUCAACUCCUGCCUCACCAGCCUUGCUGCACGUCUCACCCGGCGCGAUGCCGUCGCCCUUGUCUCGACUCAGCUCCUGCGCGUGUUCCGCCUAAGGGUCAUCUUCCUGUGGAGAUGUGCUGAGAGGUAAAAGCCCGAAAUCUUGAGAGGACUGAGGAGCAGUUCCUCUGGUUAUCCCCAGAGUUAAACCGCUAUUGCUGUCCAGAAGUUCUCGAGAGAAAACCUAACCCCAUAAAUAAAAUUCCAUGAGGGAGAGAAAAUUAGCAGAGCUAAUUUCUCUCGAACCGAAUGCAUUUUAUUUAUGUGGGUGGAAGAUCAAAAUUUAACCCAGUUUAUGAAUUCGACUAUAAUUUGCAAGGAGAACAUGUGAAAAUGCGAGUAACCUCAGUCCAAGGCCAUGUUAUGAAUAUGGAAUUUGUGGAGCCUUAUAAUAACUGAAAAAGUGUAUCAAUAGAAGAGCUCUUUACAGCUCCUAUACAAAAGAUGAUUUCUUCAGAUAAAAAUGAUAUCGUAUACACCUAAUAUAGCCUUAAUACCCAAAUUUUCUCAUUUUUUCUAUUUUUUUAUUUAAAAAUGAAAAAAUAUCAGUUAAUUUUUCCUGAUAAAUCUUAUAAAAGUGAAUAAAAAAUCUUCAAGAAUGCUCAAGAGGUAUUGACAUUUUAGCCUUAUGGCUAGAUUGUGAUAGAGAAGGCGAAAACAUUGCAUUUGAAGUUGUUGAUAUAGUCACAAAAGCUACACAAUUGCGCCCUAAUAACAUCAAAAGAGCUGUUUUUUCUGCCCUCACAAAGGUUGAUAUAGAAAAUGCUAUUCAAAACUUGGAAUACCCUAAGCAAGAGUUAUCUGAAUCUGUAGACGCUAGAAUGGAGCUUGAUUUAAGACUCGGCGCGAUUUUUACUCGAUUACAGACUUUAAGGCUCCGAAAUGCAUCUCCGUUCUUAGCAAAUCAGCCACUUAUAUCAUGAGGUCCAUGCCAGUUUCCCACACUUGGCUUCGUUGUCAAGCGGCAGCUAGAAAUUUUAAAUUUCAAGCCUGAACAAUAUUGAACUCUUGACAUGAAAGUCAACAGAGGCGCCAAUAAAACAGCUGAAUUCUCCUGAUCAAGAGCCAGGCUAUUUGAUUUUACAAGCACUUUAGUCCUUUACGAAAAAUGCAUAGAAGCUGGACAAGCAGAAAUCGUCAGCAUAGAAAAAAACGAAAAAAAUAAGUGCAGGCCUUAUCCAUUAUCAACUAUUUCCUUCCAAAAACUCGUCUCAAGCAAGCUAAAAAUCGAUUCAGACGAGUCCAUGAAAAUUGCAGAAAAACUCUAUAAUAACGGACUUAUAAGCUACCCUCGCACAGAGACCGAUUUUUUUAAAACGACUAUUAAUUUGAAAAAUUUGAUAGAAAGUCAAGCUGAAAGUGGAGACUGAGGAGACUACUCCAGAAGGCUUCUUGAUGGAGACUUUAAAUGGCCAAAAGCAGGGCAGCAUGAUGAUAACUCGCACCCUCCUAUACACCCUGUAAAACUAGCUACCAGACAAGACCUAAAUGGCAAGGAAUGGCAAAUCUAUGAGCUCGUGACAAGGCAUUUUUUAGCAUGCUGCUCUCUAGACGCUAAAGGCUUCGAAACUGUAGUUAUCGCACAAAUGGGGGGCGAAACUUUUGAGGCUAAAGGCCUUCAAGUCGUAGAAUUGAAUUUUUUAGAAAUUUAUCCAUAUAUGAAAUGGAGUGAAAAUGAACUGCCUAUUUUUAAUGAUGGGGAAGUUUUUGUCCCUAAUGAACUUAUGAUGAAUGAACAUACAACGCAGCCACCGCCUUUGUUGAGUGAAAGUGACCUUAUAUCCCUUAUGGAUAAAUCUGGGAUUGGGACUGAUGCGACGAUUCAUCAGCAUAUAAAAACAAUUCAAGACCGAAAAUAUGCAGAAAAGACACCGAACCAGCUAUUUAAGCCUACACAGCUUGGAAUGGCACUAGUUCAAGGAUACGCUAAUAUGGGGGCAAGAAUUCAUGAGCCUGAACUGCGAGCUAAAACUGAAAAAGGAAUGAAUGAGGUAGCAGCGAGGAAUAAAAGUAGGCAGGAACUUAUAAGAGAAACACUAGGAGAAAUGGAAGACGUAUAUAGAUUUGUCGUUGAUAGAUUUAAUAUGCUAUCUGAUGCAGUCAAAAACUUGAUAACAGCUCCAUUACAGUCAAAUAAUCAAAUAACUUGCUAUAAAUGUGGAGAAUCUGGACAUUAUGCUAAUAAUUGUACAAGCACUAGGCCACCUUUGUCUAUUAGAGCGGUUAAUGAAAACCAAGCUGCUCCACAGCAAGGCCAAAAUGCUUGUUUUAAAUGUGGGAAGCCUGGACAUUUCGCAAAUGCUUGUACAGAAGAUAAAAAUAAAACAAAUAAACAAGCUAAAACUGGCAAGAAAAAAGUUUGUGAACUGUGCGGAGUUGAAGGGAGACACCCAAAAGGCAGCACUUGUGAGCAUGCUAAACGGAAAAAGCCAGCUAAUAAAUAA